AUGCUGUUAGUUCCUUUGUUGAUACUGGUCAUCUCUGUCCUUGUAGGUGGCAACAAUGGUCAAAAUGACGUCAUUGUCACACGCUGCUGUGUUCCGUCCCAAUUUCGAUGUGAGAUGGACGUGACAGGAGGAUACACUGAUCCUGUUUCCGGGAUGAACACAUUUGCGGAUCGGAGAGUACGUCUUUACAACGAUUACGACUUGAACGUCACAAGAACCGACACUGAUGUCUCACUACCAAGCGGGGUCAGCUUUGUACACUCAGAACUAACAUAUUAUGAUCAGCAUAUAUCCUAUAAAAUAGAUGGAAGUCAAUGCCGGCCCGAUCGGAUCACAGCGGCCAUGCAGGACAAAUGUAUACCAGGAUAUGCAGUAUUGGUUACAACGGGUCGUAUUGGUCAAUCUGGUGGCGAUGGCAUCGAAGUCGCUACGUGGCGUUACGUCACAUCCGAUAAUAUCACGAUUCUGCGCGCUGUAUCUGUGGAACAAUGUUGGCCCAUCUACCAGACGGAACAGAGCGUGUUUAGUGGAGGGUAUUCAAGAAUGACGUACAUGAUAUCCAACAUCGAAGUUGGGAAGUUCCCGGAUUUAAUCACCAAACCGGACAUCUGCACAAUGACUUGA